AUGGACAGACACCCUCCCUCCCUCGAGUCUCUCCAGAGGGAGGUCAUUGAACUUACAGCCAUAUAUCAUGGCCGAGACUGGACAACCGAAGCAACAGAUCUGGAGUCGGCACUGGAGACAGCGAGGAAUCGGGUAGUCGCAACAGGCGCCGAUUCUGACCCAACGACAAUAAUGCUCGAAGAGUUAACCACCUGUGUGAAAGCAUGGCUACAGGUCAAAUCAUGGAUCGUUGCCGAAGAUCUAGGCCUUCUGGUGCUGAGCUUCUGCGAGAAACGGAAGGGAGAGCGAGACCCAAUGACCAUGACAGCGAUGCACAAUCUCGCUUCGGCGUAUUGGGGCCGAGGGCAGAUGGAUGAGGCUGCUACUCUCUCUGUCCGGGUGACCAGAUUGAGACAGAAUAUUCUCGGCGAGGAGCAUCCCCAGACAUUGACUUCGAUGGCGAAUCUAGCUUCCACGUAUCGGAUUCAAGGGUUUUGGGCUGAUGCUCAGAAACUUGAUGCGAGGAUUGCCGAGAUCAAGAAGAAGAUUAUGGGUCCCAGGCAUCCAUCCACCUUGGGCUCAAUGUCUAAUUUGGCCAUAUCGUAUUCCAAUCUCGGUCGGUAUGAAGAGGCCGAGACAAUUGCGCGCCAACUGGUCGAUAUCGGGGAAAGGGAAUUAUCGCCAACUGACGCCUCACUGUUGAACUGGAAACUUACUCUUGCAUCGACCUACCGAGAUCGGGGAAGGCUGGACUCCGCUGAAAAGAUAGAACUGGAGGUUGUCGCUUCUAGUCAGGACAUAUUUGGGACAAAUAAUCACUUUACUUUGACCUCUAUGGCCAACCUUGCAUCCACAUAUCGCCAACAAGGCCGAUGGUCGGAUGCCGAGCGCCUCGAAAAAGAAGUUGUGGCUAUCAGCGAAACGGUGCUCGGCGAGACACACCCCCAAACGUUGAUGUCCAUCAGCAACCUUGCCUCAACAUAUCGCAAUCAAGGUCGGCUCGAAGAAGCCAAAAGUCUCGGAAAGAAAGCAACAGCUGUGCUAAAAGAGGUCCUCGGGGAUCGUCAUCCACACACACUGGUUGCCAUGGCGGAUCUUGCAGUGACAUAUCAAACGAUGAGGCAAUCACCAGAUGCCGAGAUCCUAGCAGCCCGGUCUCUACGUUUGAUGGAAGAGACGAUAGGCAAGGACCACCCGCACACACUCAGCGCGAUGGCCAACCUGGGCUUUAUAUACCAGUCGCAAAGCAGGUGGGAGAUCGCCGGUGGAAUGGCCGAAACGGUACAUUCUGGCAGGGAAAGGGCAUUUGGAACGGACCACCCAGAUACCGUGGCGGCGCUGGAGGACUUGAGGAGAGUAGCAUGGGUAGAGGCAGCGGACCAAAAUUCACAGCGUACGUUGAAUUAG